AGUUAUUUAAGCACUUACAGGUGAUCAGGGACGAGGUCCGCUCAAAUGUCUUGACAAUUGCACACAGAAAGAUCAAUCAAACCAUCAGAGAAAAAAGCUUUUCUUGCAGAGAGAUAUAUCCAAAUCAGGUCUUAAUUCUUCAAGGUCAAGGCUCACUACAAACUGCAUAUGAAAAUGUUAUGCAUUAAUAGACUGAGUUUAAGGGAAUGCUUAAUUUUCCUGGUUCUACUCAACCUCUGUGGAUCGCUGCCUAAGAGCGCACCACCUCUGAAGCCCAAUUUUCCCUUUGCUUUCAUGUGGAACGCUCCAAGUGAGCUCUGUGAGAGCAGAUUUGGAAUCAGUCUGGACCUGAGAUACGCUCAGCUGGUAAGCAGCACCUUGAAGGACGCAGCCAACCAAAGCAUCACCAUUUUCUACACAGACAGAUUUGGCAUAUUCCCCUAUCUGGAUGAAGACACUGGAAAAGCAUACAGCGAGGGACUCCCUCAGCACGUAGAUUUCAAAGAACAUCGUGAACUAGCUGAAGAUGACAUAGAAUACUAUAUCCCUGUUGGACAACCCGGGCUUGCUAUCCUGGAUUUUGAGGAGUGGAGACCACAGUGGGCACGAAACUGGGGCAGCAAGGACAUCUACAGGGACAAAUCAAUUGACAAAAUUAUGCAGAAUAAUCUAUCUAUAUCCUACGAAAAAGCAGAAGAUAAGGCCAUAAUAGAGUUUGAAGCAGCAGCCAAAAAAUAUUUCAUGAAAUCCAUAAAUCUUGGAAAAAAACUGCGGCCAAAACGGUUGUGGGGUUACUACCUAUAUCCAGACUGCUAUAAUUAUGAUUACAACCAGGACAUGAUUGACUAUACAGGUAAAUGCCCUGAGAUUGAAAAGGACAGAAAUGAUGAGUUGCUCUGGCUUUGGGAAGCGUCCACAGCUCUGUACCCAUCCAUAUACCUGGAGCUUAUACUGAAAGGCACCCGUCAGGCAGCUCUGUUUGUCCGCCAUCGUAUCCAGGAGUCAAUGAGAGUCUCUAUGCUGCCAAAUGCUAGCUACUCAAUACCCAUCUAUGCCUACAUUCGCAUUGUGUACAAAGACAAUGAACAUGACUACUUAUCUAUGCCGGACCUGGUCAGUACUAUUGGGGAGGCUGCUGCUUUAGGGGCUGCUGGCGUCGUGUCCUGGGGAGGUAUGGAUGUCACAGAGAGCGAGGACACCUGCUUUGCGGCUCGACGCUAUUUGGAGAAAACUCUGAACCCUUACAUCCUAAACAUUACGACGGCAGCGAGUCUAUGUAGCAAAGCUCUGUGUCGUGAUAAAGGGCGAUGUGUAAGGAAGAACUGGGACAGUGAAGAUUACCUGCACCUCGACCCGUCCAGGUACCGGAUCAAGUCAUCAAGAACUGGUGAACUGUCUGUGAAGGGCGAUCUUUCUCAGGAAGACAUUGACUGGUUUGACCAGAGGUUCAACUGCCUAUGCUACAUUGAUGAUAUUUGUUACUCACCUAUCACUUUGAACACCAUACCCAAUUACAACUUUGUCCGUGAUAAUGGUGUUCACCUCUACCUGGAGAGAUUGCACUUUCUGCUGACUUUAGCGUGUCUGUUUGUCUUGUCAUAGCAAGCAGAGAUCCCAUGCCUCUUUAACAGCUAACUGUUAACAGUAACAGUAAAUUUUUUUAAAGAUUUCCCCAGUGCAAAAGUGACCUAAUUUUAUUUUCUUCACUGUUAUGAAAGGUUUAUGACGCUUGACAAGUCAAACUAACUAACAAGUAUUAGAAACAAGUAUUCUAAAAACAAUACCACCAUUGUCCGCAUGUUCUGAUUUUAAUAUAAUGCUAUUGUUUUGUGCAUGGUCAAUUUUCAAUACGCUGUAAUAUCCAAAAACACGAGACAACCUAUUUUUCUCUUGGAUAUCCACAAUAACUCUUUUCUAACCUUUCCAGUAAAAUUAUUAGCACAUAUUUGAUCUAAUUAUAGGCACAGUUAUUCUACAUUAUACAGUACAAAUGUCAGCUACACUCACUGAACACCUUUUAGGAACACCUGUACACCUACAGCAAUGGAAUGCAUAAAAUCAUGCCAGUGAUAGUAGUGCAAAUAACCACACAUUACAACCGUGGUAUGCAGAAGAGCAUCUCUGAACACACAAUGCGUCAAACCUCUUAGUGGAUAGGCUACUGCAGCAGAAGUCUUAAAAAGUCAAAAAAAUAUGUCUAAUAAAUACCUAAUAAAGUGCUCACUGAGUGUAUAUGGCACGUAGAACAAACAAGAAGGUGUUUCCAUAAUUUUGCAUUUCUUUUACUAUAAAUGAACAUAGGUUCCUUUUAUUUUGGGAUUGGUGGCCUUGCUUGAAAGCUACGCAAUGUAGACGCUUACCAUAUACACCAUUUUCUUAUCUGUCAUUUUAAAAAAGCUGCAACUUUCACUGUUAUGUACUAAGUGCACUAUGAAAAUAAGUCAAAAUAACAACUUCAUUCUCAUGUAUCAGUCUUAGUGACAGAGAUGGGAAUGUAGGUAUAGAGUGUUGUCAUAUGUGUUAAUUAGUAAUUAACAAUAGGAAUAAUAAUAGACAUAAUUAGUCAUAGAGAUGUUGAUGCUAUUCUGUCUCUGGUAAAGUAAAGCUUUGGCCUAUGCCCCAUGUGCAAGUACCUUUACUCAUAUUUCUGUCUUCAGGUUGUUUAUGGGAAUGCCCUGCCUCAGUGUCUCUUGAAACAUACUUAACUUCAGAAUAUACAUUAAUUUCAUAUAUCAAUGUUAUGUAGUAUGUGCAUUUGCUGCCAAAACAUGUCUUUAUAUAGGUACUAUUGAAUUGUUUCCCCUUUUAAAAAAUAUUAUGCACUCAGUCAACAAUUUAUACGGUUCAUGAUAAUUUGUAUAUUCAGACAUGUUUGCAUAUGUAUAUGAAAUAUAUUUGUAUUGUAAAAUAUGACAUGCCAAAGCUGUUCAUUAAAUAAUUGUUUUGUUGA